UAAAGCUCCAAUACAAUGAAAUCCAAGAAACGCCACCAGUCGUCUUCAGAGGAAUCUGAAGAAACUGAAGAAAGCGUGAAAUCGAGCAGCUCUUCUGGUAGCGAUAGUGAUAUUUCGUCUGUAUCGGAUCACCGGCACAAGAAAAAAAGAAAACGCGCUGAUUCUUCAGAAUCUGAAAGCGAAUCCGAUGAACAAAAACGUACGAAGAAGCGUAAGCACAAGAAGAAAAAGAAGAAGCACGGUAAAAAGAAGCGACGCACAGAUUCCGUACACGAAAGCAUUUCUGCGGAGGAGAUUUCCAUAAGCGAAGGCGAAAUCGCGAAAAAGAAGCGGAAACACAAGCACAAAAAUUCUAAACGUGCUCGAAGCUCCUCUCACAGCGAAGAGGAGGACCGCGGCGACAGACGCCUACAUAGCGUGGUAAAGGAACGUCGAGCGUCUUCUGAUGAAGGCAGCCAGCCUUCACGUACUUAUUACCAGAGAGAAUACCGCCAAUCAGGUUCGGGUGAGGAAUGCAACAGAGAACGGGAAGUUGAGAGAUUCUAUCGCGGUUCAAGCAAGGAGCGGAGGAGCCAGUAUCAGCAGCAGGAACAGUACCAUUAUGAGAAACGAGGAGAUAGAUAUGCAUCAUAUCAAGACAAAAUUUAUAAACAAAGAUAUGACCAAAGAACUCAGUAUAGUAACCCUGAGGAUUAUGAGCGGAGACAAAAAGAGUAUGAUGAAUACAGAAGGCACCAAAGAUAUGAAGAUCGCAAACCGCCAGAGGAAUAUCAGAGCCGGUCCAGGGAAGAGUACCAUUCCAAAGAAGAAGGAAGAGGUUACAAUCCCAAUCGUCAUAACCAAUAUGAAGAAAGAAGUGGGCCCAGACGGCGAGAUUACGAGGAAGGUAGAGACUACCGUGAAAGGCGGGCGCCACCCGAGCCAGGACACUACCGUGAAAAAGAGUAUCCAGACAAGCGGGAAAAAUAUCAAGAGAGAUUCGCAACAGAUAGGCCUCGUGACAUGCAUCGGGAGCGGCCGAGCAGACCGGAGAAACCUGGUCCCCCUCGAAGGGAGCAAACCAGAUCCCGAAGUCCCGACGAUCGAUACAGGGAGCGCACCAAACGCCCAGAAAACCGUGAAGAGAAGGAAGAACGUUUCCGCCGAGACGAUCGUCGCGGCGAUGACCGCCGUCCUGGUAGGAGCGACGAGCGGCCCGAAGACGCUAGACCUAAAUUUGACCCUAGACCUAGGGAACGGAAGAGCAGAUUCGCCCCAGAAGAUAACAAAGAAUACAAUUGGGGCAAAACUGAAGUAAAGAAAGAAGGCGGUGAUGCACCGGACGACAAGGAGAAGCCAAACUUCGGGCUGUCUGGCAAACUCACAGCCGAUGCUAACACUGUCAACGGCGUCGUUAUCAAAUACACCGAGCCCGACGACGCUAAGCAGCCUAAGAGGAGAUGGAGAUUCUAUCCGUUCAAAGGAGACAAAGCGCUGCCAAUCCUUUACAUCCACCGCCAGUCGGCAUUCCUCAUAGGCCGCGACAAGAAGGUGUGCGACAUCCACCUGGAGCACCCGUCGAUCAGCAAGCAGCACGCGGCGCUGCAGUACCGCGCCACGCCCUUCACGCGCCCCGACGGCACGCAGGGCCGGCGCGUGCGCCCCUACGUCAUUGAUCUCGAAUCGGCAAAUGGUACGUUCGUGAAUAACAAGAAAAUCGAACCACGUCGUUACGUCGAACUGCUCGAAAGAGAUGUGGUCAAGUUCGGAUUCUCACAGCGAGAAUACGUCCUACUUCACGAGAAUAGCAAAGAUGAUGCUCAAGACGAUGACCAUCAGGAACCUGCUAUCGGGAGCAAUGUCACAACUACUGAUCAGAUUAAACAUGACAAACGCGUGAAGCAAGAAGUCGCAGAGGACGGCGAGUAGGUUAACAUUAUUAUUUGUAGUGAAUCGACUUUUGACAUUUGAGGAACUCGUAUUAUGUUUUAUUUUAGAAAGUUACAAAUGUAACAAAACAUUUUUUUUUUAGAAUUAUUUAUCGUUGGUAAGUAAGAAUAUGAUUUCUUUGCAAAGUAAUAAAAUAAGAUUUAUUUACGUUGGUUCGAGUUAUUUUUUUGUUCUUCAGAAUAUAAAUGUCCCACAACGGAUAUGGAGUUCCUCAAAUAUAAUGUACAUAAUAUCUAUGUGUAAUUUUAUUUUUUAUUUCAUGUAACUUGCGGUAUAAUUGAGGCAUUUUUGACAUAUUUUGUCAUUCUUAGUUGUUUAAAUUAGAAAUAGGAAGUUUUUUGUUCACUUGAUUAGAAAAUA